UAACGAAACUAAAAGGCCGAGUUUCCUGUAAGCAGCUGACUGAAGCCAGACAGUCAAGCCAAGCUGAUUCUCCCCGCUCUCGACCAAAAUCUAUUACUAUUUUCAUCAUCACCGACACCCUCCCCCUCUCUUUUCUUAACAAAUCAAUACAAAUGAUUAAUAUGCAGUAAUCAUCGAAAGUGAGAUCAAGAAUGGGCCCUUUUCUUCUCACGCCAAUGCCCAUCAAACUUCAUUGAUUAUCAAGUUCCUUCAAAUUCAAAUCAAGAACGAAAAAAUCAAUUUCUAUCAUCUGGGGCUCUUCUUUAGUCCCCUGUUUCUACUUUAAUUGGAAUACAUGGAGGCAAAUGCAGGAUUAGUUGCCGGAUCUCAUAAGAGGAACGAGUUGGUGAGAAUAAGACAUGAUUCCGAUGGAGGGCCGAAGCCUUUAAAGAAUAUGAAUGGACAGAUAUGUCAAAUCUGUGGCGACACCGUCGGCCUGACUGAAAACGGCGACGUUUUUGUUGCUUGCAACGAGUGCGCAUUCCCGGUUUGUAGACCCUGCUACGAGUACGAAAGAAGAGACGGAAAUCAAGCAUGCCCUCAAUGCAAAACUCGAUACAAAAGACACAAAGGGAGUCCCCGAGUUGACGGUGAUGAUGACGAGGACGAUGUUGAUGACCUGGAAAACGAGUUUGAUUAUGCACAAGGGAGACGACAAUGGCAAGGAGAAGAUCCGGAUCUUUCUUCAUCUUCUAGAAGACAUGAAUCACAGCAACCAGUUCCCCUUCUCACUAAUGGCCAACAAGUAUCUGGUGAAAUCCCAAUUGCCACACCGGACAAUCUAUCUGUAAGAAGUACAUCGGGUCCAUUAGGCCCUGGUGACAAGCCUGUCCGCUAUAUGGAUCCAAGACAACCAGUUCCUGUAAGAAUUGUGGACCCAUCAAAGGAUUUAAAUUCAUAUGGGCUUGGGAAUGUGGACUGGAAGGAAAGGGUAGAAGGCUGGAAACUAAAACAAGACAAAAACAUAAUGCAAAUGGCAAACAGAUACAAUGGCGGUGAAGGGAGAGGAGGUGAGAUUGAAGGCACGGGAUCAAAUGGAGAAGAAUUGCAACUGGUUGAUGAUCCAAGACAAUUAAUGAGCCGUGUGGUGCCUAUUUCAUCUUCUCAUUUGACUCCAUAUCGAGUUGUGAUUAUAUUGCGAUUGAUUAUUUUGGGAUUUUUCUUGCAAUAUCGGUUGACUCAUCCUGUUAAUGAUGCGUAUCCUUUGUGGCUUGUAUCUGUUAUUUGUGAGGUGUGGUUUGCUUUUUCUUGGCUUCUUGAUCAAUUUCCAAAAUGGUCCCCCGUUGAACGUGAGACCUUCCUUGAUCGCCUUGCAUUGAGGUUUGAUAGGGAAGGAGAGCCUUCACAAUUGGCACCUAUAGAUGUCUUUGUGAGUACAGUGGAUCCAUUAAAAGAGCCUCCUCUCAUCACUGCAAACACAGUGUUGUCUAUUCUUGCUGUGGAGUAUCCUGUUGACAAAGUCUCCUGCUAUGUAUCUGAUGAUGGAUCUGCUAUGCUUACAUUUGAGUCUCUUUCUGAGACAGCAGAGUUUGCAAAAAAGUGGGUCCCAUUCUGCAAGAAGCAUAGCAUCGAGCCCAGAGCCCCUGAGUUUUAUUUUGCUCAAAAGAUAGAUUACUUGAAGGACAAGAUCCAGCCUUCUUUCGUCAAAGAACGUAGAGCAAUGAAGAGAGAAUACGAAGAAUUCAAAGUUCGGGUCAAUGCACUUGUAGCAAAAGCACAAAAGAUGCCGGAAGAAGGCUGGUCUAUGCAGGAUGGAACUCCUUGGCCUGGAAACAACCCCCGUGAUCAUCCUGGAAUGAUUCAGGUGUUCUUGGGGCACAGUGGAGGUUGCGAUACAGAUGGAAAUGAGCUACCUCGUCUUGUUUACGUGUCCCGUGAAAAACGUCCUGGGUUUCAACAUCACAAGAAAGCCGGUGCCAUGAAUGCUUUGAUUAGGGUUUCGGCGGUUUUGACGAAUGGCGCGUACCUUUUGAACGUCGAUUGUGAUCACUACUUCAACAACAGCAAAGCUCUAAAAGAAGCCAUGUGUUUCAUGAUGGAUCCUGCCUAUGGAAAGAAGACAUGCUAUGUUCAAUUCCCACAGAGAUUCGACGGGAUUGAUUUACACGAUCGAUAUGCUAAUCGCAAUAUCGUCUUCUUCGAUAUUAACUUGAAAGGGCUGGAUGGGAUUCAGGGGCCGGUUUACGUGGGAACUGGUUGCUGUUUCAAUCGACGAGCUCUGUAUGGAUACGACCCUGUUUUAACAGAGGCUGAUUUAGAACCAAAUAUCAUUGUGAAAAGCUGUUGUGGUUCACGAAAGAAGUCGAGAAACGUUAACAAGAAGUACGUGGAUAAAAAAGCAGUGAUGAAAAGAACGGAAUCCAACACUCCAAUUUUAAACAUGGAUGAUAUCGAUGAGGGUGUUGAAGGGUAUGAUGAAGAUAGAUCGUUACUAAUAUCGCAAAAGAGCUUAGAGAAGCGAUUUGGUCAAUCUCCUGUAUUUGUUGCUGCAACUUUCAUGGAGAUGGGAGGAAUUCCCCCCACUACCAAUCCAGCUACCCUUUUGAAGGAAGCAAUACAUGUUAUUAGCUGUGGUUAUGAGGAUAAAACCGAGUGGGGUAAAGAGAUUGGAUGGAUUUAUGGGUCUGUGACAGAAGAUAUUUUAACUGGAUUCAAGAUGCACACAAGAGGAUGGAUCUCAAUAUAUUGCAUGCCACAACGUCCGGCUUUCAAGGGUUCUGCUCCGAUCAAUCUUUCCGAUCGUCUGAACCAGGUCCUCCGGUGGGCUUUAGGUUCAAUCGAGAUUUUACUCAGUAGACAUUGCCCCAUCUGGUAUGGGUAUAAUGGUAAAUUAAAACUCCUGGAGAGGCUCGCAUACAUAAACACCAUCGUCUAUCCCCUCACCUCCAUCCCUCUUCUAGCCUACUGUGUACUUCCGGCCGUCUGCCUUCUCACCGGAAAAUUCAUCAUCCCCGAGAUAAGCAACUAUGCUAGUAUGUGGUUUAUUCUUCUCUUUAUCUCCAUCGCUGCAACCGGAAUCUUGGAGCUCCGGUGGAGUGGCGUGAGUAUUGAAGACUGGUGGAGAAACGAACAGUUUUGGGUGAUAGGAGGCACGUCCGCUCAUCUAUUCGCCGUCUUCCAAGGUCUUCUCAAAGUUCUCGCCGGAAUCGACACCAAUUUCACCGUCACAUCCAAGGCAAACGACGAAGACGGUGAUUUUGCAGAACUCUAUAUAUUCAAAUGGACGGCGCUCCUCAUCCCACCCACCAGUGUUCUGAUCGUAAACCUAAUCGGCAUAGUUUCCGGCGUUUCAUCUGCAAUCAACAGCGGUUACCAGUCGUGGGGCCCACUUUUUGGGAAACUGUUUUUUGCAAUCUGGGUUAUCGUCCAUUUAUACCCGUUUCUCAAAGGUCUGUUGGGUCGGCAAAAUCGAACCCCCACCAUUGUUAUCGUGUGGUCGAUUCUGCUUGCUUCGAUUUUCUCCCUUUUGUGGGUUCGUAUCGACCCCUUUACCACAGACGAUACUCUUGAUGCAGUUAAAGGACAAUGCGGGAUCGAUUGUUAGGUAUAUAUAUAUAAAGUUUCUGAUUUGCAAAUUUGUGUAAGCCGUGAUGUGAUGCGAUGUGAUGUGUACGAAUGAUAUAAUUAUUUGAUUUAUUGUUGUUAUCCCACGAAUUCAAUGAAAAAUUUAAGUAUAACCUUAUCUUAA